AUGCAGAGGUACGGACUGCAGAUCCGCACGAAGCUGCCAUCGUCCUCGUCGUCACGCGCGCCGCCGCCUCCGGCGCGGCCCCUGGCGGCCUUCGCCGACGAUGACGACGACGACGUGGAGAAAGAAAUCCUCCGCCAGGCGGCCAAGAAGCGCGCCCUCCAGAAGGUAGAGGAGCAGCAGAAGAAGGCCUUGGAGGAGGAUCCCUCGGUGUACGCCUACGACGAGCUGUACGACGAAAUGAAAGAGAAGGAAGCCCGUCCUAAGAUGCAGGAUAAGGUCGUCCGCGAGUCAAAGUAUAUUGCACAACUUAAGGAAAAAGCAGAGCUACGCAAACGAGAACAGGAUAUAAUAUACGAGAGGAAGCUUCAGAAAGAGAGAAGCAAGGAGGACCACCUCUUUGGGGACAAGGAUAAAUUUGUAACAUCUGCCUACAGGAAGAAACUUGAGGAGCAACAAAAGUGGCUUGAAGAAGAGAGAAUGAGGCAGCUUCGAGAAGAAAAGGAAGAUGUUACUAAAAAGAAAGACUUGAGUGAUUUUUACUUUGGGCUUGAGAGGAAUGUUGCUUUUGGUGCACGGACACAUGGUAACACAAAAUGUGCUGACCCUCAAAAGUCGGACAAUAAACUGGAUGACACAAAUACUAGUAGUCUUGGUGCUGAAGCCUCUGAACCUUCUCCAAAGCGUAGAAGAGAAACCAGUGUAGGAUCGGAGGGGACUAAGAGUAUGGAAGAACCCUCGGCAAGUCGAACGAGGGAUUCAACAGCUGCUGCAUCUACUGAGAAAAAUGCUGCUGAUGUUCCAUCAAAUGCUAAAGAGACCCCACAAAACACUCAGCCAGCAAAGGUUACUGAUGAUCACUACAAGAGAGGUGAUGAUGCACUUGCUGCUGCUAGAGCGCGAGCACUGGCCCGAAAGAAAUCAAAGGAGCAGCAAUUGUGA